AUGGAGGAAGAUGGCACUUUAGUACGAAAAGAUGACCCAAAGUCAUCUGAAUCCUGCCGUCUUUACUUUAAGGGUUUGAUCAAGAAGGAAACAGCUACUGUUUUGGCCGGAUAUGAAGUUGCCAUCUGCGACAAAGACAACAAACUGUUGUGUCAGAUGAAGGGAUCACUUCAUGACUCGGCCACUACAGUUCUGGAGGCUGAGCUUAUGGCACUGAGACGAGGACUAAUUGAAGCUGUGCGUUUAGGGAUCACUCAUAUCUCAGUCUACUGUGAUUAUCAAACUAUUUUCGAAUUGGUCAUGGGGAGAUCCGUGCCUGAGCAGCAAGAUAACAUUGCCUUGCUAGUGGGUGAUGUGCAACGCAUCAGACAGCAAUUGACAUCUAGUAUCCCUGUUCUGGUGACCGAAGACCAAACUAAGUUUGCUUAUAAACUUGCAAUGGAAACUGUAGUUUCGGAAGUCAGCAUUAGUAUGCCUUUUGCUCAGAAGAUGACUUGCCCUAUCUGCUUUGAUGAUGAGUUGGAAGCUCAUCAGAUGUUUUCUGUUGCUUUAUGUUGCCAUCAGUUCUGCUUCGAGUGUGUGAGACGAUAUAUAAACGUGGGACUGAUGGAGGGAAGAGCAUUGGGAUGUCCUCAUUUUAAAUGCAAGUCUAAGCUUACACUUAGAAGUUGUUACAAUCUUCUGACACCUAAACUAAGGGAGAUGUGGCAACAAAGGGUCAAUGAGGAAUCAAUUCCCGUUGUGGAGAGAGUUUACUGCCCAAACCCGAGGUGCUCGGCUUUAAUGUCGGAAACCGAGCUCUCUAAAUCAUCUGAGUCGAUGAGAAGUUGCAUCAAAUGCCAUCAACCCUUUUGCAUCAACUGCAAAGUUGCAUGGCAUAGUAACUUGUCAUGUGAAGAUUACAAGAGAUUGGGUCCGAAUCCUACAGAGAAUGAUAUAAAGCUCAAAGCACUAGCGAAUCAGAAAAUGUGGCGUCAAUGUGGAAGAUGCCAACACAUGAUCGAACGAAAUCAUGGAUGCAGCAAUGUAGUUUGCAGAUGUGGGUAUUCGUUUUGCUACCAAUGUGGAGCUCAAUGGACUCGAGGAGGUUGCCCUCAUCGAAAAAGGACAAUUGCGGUGGAGACUUGUGGAGGAUCUUUAUAUCUUCCAGAUAACUUGCAAAUGCGGGCCAUUCCUCGGGUUCAGAAACCAUCUUCACCAACUGAGAACAAUCCGUCGCAAAAGUGA